CUUUGCUUCAAGUUUUAAAUUAUAUACAAAUACACAUGGAAAGUCGACCUGAUGGUUUGCUGCAAGAACUGGUCAGUGGUUUUGUUUAACUUCUCUGGCCUCAUCGGGUUGACCGGUGACUUUUGGUGAUCUGUAGCCAAUUGUAGGCAUUUACUACAAUGUAAAAUGAAUGUUGGCACUGCAGUAACACUGUAUGAUCUGUGGGAGAAGCUGAAUUGAACCCUGGUGGUUAGGUGCCCCUGUGUGGGCCCUGAACAGAACUAGCCUAGGGAAAACGCGGUAGAAAGGGUGAAAAUAAUGAUGAUGGAUGGUAGUGUCUCUGUUAGUUGUCUCUCUAAGCUUUUGCUGUUUUUGCUUCAGCUUUUACAUUCAAUGCUCUUAAGGGGAGAUGUUGGGUGGUCUAUACUGAGAAGAUGGUCUCCUUCCAUCUUCCCAGUAAACUCUGUCAGAAACCCUGCCCCUCCCCCACCCUUCCUCUUGAUCACGUGAACGAGUUGUAAGUCUCUUCUGAUUGACUGCUGACAAUGGGGGCGCUACUUAGGGGGCUACUUCGGUGAUAUUUUCAGGACUGAUAACUCAUGUCCAGGUAAGAGUAAAUUCCCCUUCUGUUUAUGCUUUAGCACAGUAUUUAGCCCACUUUUCUGUUUCUGCUCUGCUACAGUGCAGUUUUAGUGCAAAGUUUUUGCCCACUUUUUCCUCGAUAGUUUUUGCUAAUGUGUUGUUCUCUCGUGAAAUUGUAGCCCACUUUUUCUCGAUCUUUUUUGCUAAAGUGUUAUUUUGUGUGAAAUUUCUGAGCUAGAGUUGGAUGAGGUGUAGUAGAAAUUUGUCCAAUUUAGAAUAUGUUUUGGAAUAUUUUAUACACUUAGUGUAUUUAUUAUCACUCCCUCUACGAUUUUCUGGGCUUUUUGUGAUUGUUGUAGCUUAAAAUGCCUGAUUUUGUGGAAUUAAAAAAAAAAAAAAUGUGUUGAAAGAUAUUUGUAGGCUUUAUUUUCUUUACAUCACAGGAGAAAGGCCAUUUUAAACAAUCUUACAUUCUUGUAAUCAACACCAUAAGACAGGUAAAUAACAUUUUUAAUUAUAGUUAUUUAGACGUUUAGUUUACAUCAGCUCAUGACUCUUCAAAUAUUUUUAAUACACAGAUAUGUAAUUAAUUAUGCUAAAUCUGUAUUUUCUGAAAAUUCAUAACCUUACUCAAGAUUUUCAAACAGUCCAGUUGCCUUCAGACUUUAGAUGAGGAUUUGCUUUACCAUGACCUAGAUGGUUAAGGAUCUUCACAAACAUCUUUACUCAAACAGAUACAUUUAUAAACAUUUUAAAAGAAACAUACACACAAAGUAUAUCUGAGAUUUCAAAAAAGCUACAAAACCACACUUGAUCUUUGUUUUCUGAGAUAUUAUAAUUAGUAAACUCUUCAUCCCUCAUUCAUCAUAAAAGUGACUCUGAUGGCUCUUGGGACUAAGAGGAUACCUCUUACUCUCUCACUCAGUAAAACUGAUGUAACAGACCAGUUUUCUUGUUCUAUGUUUAACAUGUAUAUUCCCAUAUACAGUCCUUCCCUAACUGUAACCCUUAUAUUUUACAGUGAAACCCUGGCAGUGCAACCUGAAUCUGCAGCCCACCAAUCCAAGUACAUCAUUAUGCUUGUGCAUCAACAUUGCUGUCUCCCAGGAUAUUUCACCGGGAUAUGGACUUUUGCCAUGGUGAUAUUAUGCUCUCUUACCCUGGAACCAGCUUGUUCUGUAAAAAUAAUAUCUGACAAUAAUUACUAUUACGAAGCUAGCGAUAUAAGCAUAACUCUUAACUGUCAGUUCACCCUUGAUCCUGAGGAUUUGGGUAAUUUGGACAUACAGUGGAACAUUGUGCCACCAAACACGCAGGAAGAUGACAAACUUAUACUCUUGUAUACUCAAAGUAUCAUUCAUAAUAAUUUAUAUGCCCCUUUAAAUAACAGGAUCUACUUUAAGUCUCCUAAGCCCCAAGACGGUGAUGCUUCUAUAAGCAUCACUGACCUUAAGCUUACAGAUUCUGGAAAGUACCAAUGUAAGGUGAGAACGUUAGCUGGAGAACAGAUUAAAGACAUUUUUCUGACUGUAUUUGAGAGGCCAAACAAGCCAGUAUGUUGCGUGGAUGAUGAACCUGUGUUAGAUACAAAUAUAAGGCUCAGAUGCAGAUCCUCACAAGGCACUCCACCGAUUAAAUACAUAUGGACAAAGCUCAGUGAAAACAAGAUGCUGACUCCAGAUGCCCAUUUUGAUGCUCCAGGAGGGGACUUACACUUGGAUAAGAUCACAGAGAGGGACUCUGGAGCCUACCGCUGUACCGUCCAGAACUUUGUGGGUAUGGAAGACUGUGAGCUUAUACUCAAAAUCACAUCUCUAUCAACUGUGAUUGACGGCAAUGGACAUAUAGCAGGAACUACAGCUGAAAUUACAGCAGGAGUGGGUGUGAAACGCUGUGAACUUAUACCCAAUGUCACAUCUCCAUCAACAGUGAUUGACAGACAUGGACCCAUAGCAGGUACUACAGCUGAAAUUACAGCAGGAGUUGGUAUUGAAGACCCUGAAUCUAUACUCAGUAUGACAUCUGCAUCAACAGUGAUUGAUGGACAUGGACCUAUAGCAAGUACUCCAGCUGAAAUUACAGCAGGAGUGGGUAUCAAAGGCCGUGAGCUUAUGCUGAAUAUCACAUCUCCAUCAACAGUGAUUCAUGGACAUGGACCUAUAGCAAGUACUCCAGCUGAAAUUACAGCAGGAGUGGAUAUCAAAGGCCGUGAGCUUAUCAAGUACUCCAGCUGA